AUGGCAGAUAUCGAAGGAAUGUUUCAUCAGGUUAAAGUCACACCUGAUGAUGUUGACUUUUUGAGAUUCUUGUGGUGGCCUAAGGGUGACAUUAGUCAACCACUGGCAGAGUAUCGAAUGUUGGUGCACAUUUUUGGUGCUGUCUCUUCACCUAGUUGUGCAAACUAUGCAUUGAAGAAAACUGCAGAGGACAAUGAGGGUAGAGUUAGUAAGGAGGUGCUUAAUACCAUUAGAAGAAAUUUUUAUGUUGAUGACUGCCUUGCUUCCUUACCCAAUGAAGAGGCUGCUAUUUCACAAAUUCAAGAUUUAAGAGCUGUCUGCGCCACCGGUGGAUUCAGAUUAACAAAAUGGACUAGUAACAGUCGUCCUGUUCUAGCUUCAAUACCAGAUGAGGAGAAGGCCAAAGAAGUUAAAGAGUUGGAUCUUGACAAAGAAAAGCUUCCUAUGGAAAGAGCUCUUGGAAUUCAUUGGAGUACUGAAACAGACUCUUUCUAUUUUAAGAUUAACUUAAAGGAGCAACAGUCCACCAGGAGGACUAUUCUUUCAACUGUGAACUCUAUUUACGAUCCGAUUGGGUUUCUUGCUCCAUUGAUUCUCCCUGCAAAGAGAAUACAACAGGAACUUUGCAGAGUCACCUGUGGCUGGGAUGACAAGAUUCCAGAUGGGUUAAUGAAACCCUGGAAAAGAUGGCUUGAGGACCUGGGAAAAUUAAACAACUUGAGUAUUCACAGAUGUUUCAAACCAUCAAAUUUUGGUGAAGUACAAGCAGCCCAGCUCCAUCAUUUUAGGGAUGCUAGCGAGGUAGGGUAUGGGAUAGCUAGCUAUUUGCGACUUACUAACAUCAGUGGUGCUGUUCAUGUUGCCUUUGUAUUGGGUAAGGCCAGAGUUGCCCCAUUAAAGCCAGUCACCAUCCCUAGGCUUGAGUUGGCAGCUGCAGUCCUUGCUGCUCAGGUUGACAGGAUGCUCAAAAGAGAGAUUGAAAUCCCACUUUUGGAAUCUGUUUUCUGGACAGAUAGUACAUCUGUCUUGAAAUACAUCUUUAAUGAUACAACACGAUUCAAAACCUAUGUUGCAAAUAGAGUGAGAAAGAUACGGGACUUGUCUGAGAAAACUCAGUGGCACUAUGUCAAUGGAUUUUUGAAUCCCUCAGAUGCUGCAUCACGUGGCCUUUCGAUUGAUUCAUUCCUUGGUUCAGACAGAUGGUGGAAUGGUCCAGAAUUUCUUGUUCUGUCUGAAUCAAAUUGGCCUCUCUUUCCAGAGGAACAAAUUAAGAGAUCUGGAGAUGAUUCAGAGAUAAAGAAGGAAGCCUUAGCCUUUACUACAGUUCUGACAAGGGAUCUUGAUCCUGUCAACAAGUUCAUUGAGCAUUUCUCUUCCUGGAAAAGCCUAAAAAGGGCUACUGCAUGGAUCCUGAAGUUUAAAAGGAUGUUGUUGUUACUAAGUCAAAAGAGAAGGGAUGCACAUUUAUCAGACCCUCAUAAUUCUGACAGGAAAACUGAAGUAAAAGAAGACUUUGGAGAUAAAGAACUUUCAGUUAAUGACCUUAUUGAAGCUGAGAAGGCGUUGGAAUGUUUUGUUCAGCAGCAAUCGUUUCAAUCUGAAAUUGGUUCUCUGAAGAAAGGACAUACUAUCAAAAAGGGAGCAGCAUCUACAAACUUGACCCCUUUCUGGAGGAUGGUAUUUUAA